AUGUUUCUCCGUGGAAUCUCUUUGCGUAACAGUUUCGUAUGCGAUUACAACAAGAAAAUCAUAGAAUAUCCUUGGAUACAAAAUCGAAUACAUCCGGCCAAAAAUCUUAAAGGUUAUUGCUCAAAAAUUCCAAAUCCAACUAGUGGUUGGCAGAAAGCAAAAAGAUAUCAAGAAAACGAUGUUGCCUUUAUUGUUUACACAGGUGCUUCAUUAUAUAAAACACGCGCCACGAUAGUGAGAGAAACAUGGGUAUCUCGCGUAACUAAUUACUAUUUUCUUUCCUCGAAACCUUAUCCUAGUUUACCUAUCACUAUUAUAGAAAAUACUGGUGAAGAUUAUCAAUCGAACACUAAAAAGAUUUUCUAUGGUCUCGAAUUAAUCUAUAGACAACAACAAAAAAUAGAUCCAUCUAAACGUCACAAAUGGUAUUUGUUAGUUGGCUGUGAUACUUAUGUAAAUGUACCACAUCUUCUCAAACAACUUGAACCAUAUAAUUUUACACAGCCAUAUUUUAUUGGAGGUUCUAUUGGUCAAGGAAUAUGUUAUCAUAAAAAUGGAACUACUUACGAAAGUCUAUUUGUUGGAGGUAACACAGCUCAUAUAUUUAGUGCAGCACUUGUUGAAGCAUUGUAUCCUCAUUUAUCGAUUUAUGUUCAAUCUAUUUGGCCUCAACCAAAUCAUUCGUCUGCUGGAUCAUCUGAUGUUGCCUUGUCUUGUCUUAUUUUCAGCUUAGGAUACAACAUGACUAUAUUACCAGGAUUUUGGAGACGAUCGCCUAAAGGAAUCAUUGAAGAGUUUAGUUUAAAAGAAGCUUUACAAGUUGAAGAACCAAGUAGUUGGCAUUAUAUACAUCCUGCACAAAUGAUUGAUUUAGAUGAAUUUUACACAUAUCAAAGUAAUAAUGAAAAUUAUUUUAAAUUAGUUAUAGCUAUUAUGGAAAUAUUAUUUACAACAUGUGUUUAA